AUGUCAAUUAGAUCACAUGGAUUUGAAACUGGCCAAUCACAGCCACCAUUUGGAUUCACCAGCAUGCUGGCCAAUUCAUCCAGCCAAUCAGAAGCUCUGAAGCACCACAGUGAAAGAAUUACAGCCAUGUCAGCACAUCAAACCCUCCAAGACUUAGGUAAUGAUGAUGAGUUCAUUAUUUCUCCUAAAAGUGAUGAAGAGAUACCUCAACAUGAGCACAAAGAAUCUGUCAUGGCAGUACACUCUGAGAGGAGCUUCUUAAUCAUUUGGCUCACAUCCAUAGAAAUUGUUGUAACUGAGGAAUAUACAUGGAAAAGAGUACACAAGGUAAAAGAUCUGUAUUCUGGCAACUAUGUACAACUUGUAAACAAGAUUGCCACUGGCUUUCAGCAAGAGGUUCGCACAGUGACAGCCUUUUAUGUGUGCUUGCAAGCACAUGACUUAGUGCCUUGUGAGAACACAUGCAACUUCCAGCAGCUUGCAAGCUGA